CAAUUGUUGGAUGCGUCAUCGUCAUGGUUUUAUCCAUAAUUUGGCUGGUUUCAUAUACAGAAAACACGUCACGGAUAAACAUGAAGACACGGGUCGCCUCUUCAUCCGUGUUAUUACCAUCAGUUGCCAAAAAGGACAUAGAAUGUCCCAAAGUCUCCCUCUCCAAGAAGCCUCUGCCCCUCACUGUUCUGGUCAGCUUCCCAGGAUCCGGUAACACGUGGACAAGACACCUGCUGGAACAGAUGACAGGUGUUGCAACAGGCUCAGAUGACUUCGAUAAAAACCUAGAAGCACGUGGGUUCCUCGGUGAGAGGAAAAUGGAUGGCUCAACCAUAGCAGUGAAAACCCACACUCUGUACAAACCCCAAUCAAGGAAACCCCUACGUGAUAUCAAGCGAGCGAUUCUCAUCAUCAGGAAUCCCUAUAAUGCAAUGGUGGCCGACUUCAACCGACUUCACUCUAAAAGCCACGUUGGAACGGUGUCUCUUCCAAUUUUCAUUAGGGACUGGAAGAGAUAUCUUUCCGAAUGGUCUCAUAAAUGGUACAGUUUGAACCAUUCCUGGAUCACACAAAAGGACAAUCUUCUUGUAAUAUUUUACGAAAACCUCCAAAAACACCUGGAACAAGAACUAACUAGACUAUAUUCAUUCCUUGAUGAUGGCAGUUUCCAUGGCAACAUACAAUGUGCUUUGAACAUUACAGAGGGAAACUUUCAUAGAUAAAAAAGUAAAGCGUUGCCAAUAUCGUUUUUCUAUGGUGACAGUGAUGUACGUCUCAUGAACAGAUAUAUCGACGAUGUUUACAUUUUGCUGAAG